CAAACAUUAACUCUCGGUUUUCACGAGUGAUUUGAAGCAGUUGAAAUUACUUCAAUCCUGUUGUUCUCCUUGCCACGUUUUUCAUGUCUCCUCAAUGGCCACUGGAAACCUUGGCCUGGUGCAAGAGUUGUCAGACGACGAGCCCGGGGCUCAUUGUCAUGCACCUGGUAGUUCUGGCGACAGGCCAGCGCUAGAUAGGGUGGUGGAUUUGUCUGACGAUGACAAAUCCCAGUCUGGCAGCCACUGGCCCACUCCAAAACUGGAUCAAGGUCAAGCAAGGCUGCGUGGACGCUCACCAGUGAAGCGCAAGCGUGAUACAGGUCCUGUGGAAACGAGCCGGUCUUUGAGCAAGCACCAGAUGAGCGUGAUGACGGCCAGAUGCGUACAGGGUGUCUGCAGAUGUAUGAGGAAGUCCAAAUCCCAAACUCGCCAGAGUUGCUUUAAACAGUUUGGCAGCAAAAUCUCAGAUGUAGUGGAUCUCCGAAUGAGAAUUUCCAGCCUGCACAAGAUGGACUCUGACAACUUGGUAUGCCACCUUUUGCGUGCUAGUUCUGUUGGAGAGAGGCAUUCUAUAUCCCUUUUUGGUAAGCCACUCUGUGGGCCUGCAUUUUGCAAGUUGUUGGGUGUUGGCCAUGGACGCUUUCAGAAGCUUCGCAGAGUUGCCGCUUCAGGGCCUGACGCUACUGUGCCAGUUGACGGGCGGUUGGUAUGCAGGGUCAACGAGAAAGUUCACGACAACAGAGUUUUGGUUCAUGAAUUUUUGGAGGAAAUUUACCAGACAUUGAGUGAACCGGCCCCAGAGGCCUCAGAGCGCGGGCUACUACCUCCAAAGCUGGCUUUUAGAAAGCGGAGGGGUAGGACUCCAAAGAUUUCCUCUCUUCAAAGGCAAUUGCGAAAGAAGGAGAAGGAUGACAACGUCACUUCAGAAAUGAAGUUACUUCCUCCAGGUACCUUCAGUGAUUACCUGGCCUUGCUCCAAAGCCGACAUCCGGACAAAAGAUUCUCAUUGAAGCUGUUUUCGUCCGUUUGGACGCAGCACUUUGCUCGGAAAUUGGCCAUUAGGCCACGGUCCCAACACAAGGAGUGCGGAUGCUGUGUUCGCCACAAGGCGAUAUUGAGACGGUUGGCGAAUGACAGGAACGGAAGGCAGGCCCAAAUGGAAGAAUACAGCCGGCGCCUGAAUCGACAGCUGUCAGAUAGACGGUGCUACUGGCAGGCCCGAGCAGUUGCACGCCUUGGAGGCAUCCUUUCAUCAGGAAAUCAGGUGGUCUCAAUCAUUUGCGACGCCAUAGACCACAGCAAGUUUCGGUUUCCUCGCAGUGACUACUUCCAAUCCAAGGACCUUGAUGGUAUGAUGAGACCGAUGUUAGAUCUAACAUGCGCGUUAGCGCACGGACACGGCGUCUUCCUUUUCCCAUCAUUGGUCUUCGUUCAAAAGAACAGCAACUUGAUGGCUGACAUUCUGUCCUACACAUUGCACAGACUUGUAGACGCUGGGCGGGUCAGCCAGCACUCUCUGGAGCUAUUGCUCCAGACCGACAACACCACAAGAGAGUGGAAGAAUAAUUGCCUCCUGCGCCUCAUUGCAACGUACGUAGGCGGCCACAGAAUGAAACGUGGAGAGCUACGUUGUCUCAUGACAGGUCAUUCUCAUGAGGACGUCGACCAAUAUUUCUCUACCAUGUCCAACCACAUCCAGACUUACAGGGAGCUACACCGCCCCAGUGACUUUGUGCAUUGUUUGCAGGAUUUGCAUCGAAACACCAGCAUCCGGCCAAACGAACCCUUGCGCGAAGUUCAUUUGGUCUCCACGACCAGGGAAUGGAAACAUUACCUACAGUUGGGAUGCUUGGGAAAUCACCUGCUGGGAAUUGGGGGGGCGUGGUGCCCCCCACGUGUUUGCGAUGGAUCGUCGAGGAGACGUAGGCUUGAUGGGAGACCAGAUAGACUCCAGCUUCUGGAGGAAAUUGGCUUUGCCAGAGCACCAGUCAGACGUCAUCCUGAGGACCAAACAGUAUAUGUCCGACUCCCACUGGGGAAAGGCUUUCCUCUAUCUUCCGCACGCUGUCUUGCAAGACAUGGUUGCCAACUCUGGCAACGCUGGAGCGCCGAAAGUUUUGGGCGAAGAGCGCCAAUUUGAUACUAAAUUGGCAGAGAAUUGGAUGAAGUAUUCCAAGAUCUUACGUUCGGAGCCUUACUGCCUCACAGACGCUGCUGACUAUAUGGAUGAGAUUGGCUCCCGGACCUGCUGUGGGUCAAGGUUUCGCCAUUCCUCCUCGUGGUGUGAACUUGGACCCAGAACCGAACGCAUUGAGGUUGAAGACUGAGCGAGUACAGAAAGGUUUCUUAGAUACUUACAAGGUAAAAAAC